AUGUCCAGCGAAGACGAGCAUCCACCUACCAAAGUACCGCGCACGCGCAUAGCCCGCGCGUGCGAGAACUGCCGCGCGCGUCGCAAAAAGUGCCAGCCCCCCUAUCCAUGCCAGGCAUGUCGCGAUGCCGGCCUGCCCGACUGCCUUGUGCGCGACAAGCCGCGACCCAUGCGCCGCAGGCGGUCGCAACAGGCUACAAGUGCGCCCAUUGAGGGAUCGACAUAUCCCCAGCGCACGCAGUUCUUGCGCUUGAUUGACGAAGAACUGGAACGCCUGUACUCUUCCCAGACGGGCGAUUCCGUCUCACUCGAGCUCGAGGAGGCGCCUACCCAUCCGGACUGUAACCUCCUCACGCCACUGCCAGAGCUGCCCAACCCACUUCCGCCAUCAGCCGCAAAGGCUAUGCAGACGUUCUGCGAUCACAUGCUCCCGUUCUGCAGUUUCAUGACUGCUCCGAGAGUGCUCUCCCUCUUUGAACGGUAUCUCUCUGCUCCACAGUCGCUGUCGGCCGACCAGACUGCACUCAUGUAUUCUUGUCUCGCACUCGGAUAUGUUCGCCUACGUUCGUUCCCGGAUAAACGGCACGCACGCGAGGUACCCGAUUCUGACCGCACCGACGUACCGUACUUUCGGCACGCGGUUCAUUUGCUCGACAAGUGGGGAAGCGCAAGCUUUACCUCGCUCCAUACGUUAUCGGGAUUAUGGUUCUACUCUACGCUCGCAUGCACGUCCGAGACAUGUCGAGAGAUUGUGUCGUGGAUGAUCUCUCAGGCCAAGGAGCUCGGCAUCCACCAGGACCAAGGGAGCGCGGCAUAUUCGCCGGCAGACCGCGCCGACCUCAUGUUCGUCCAGGUCCUCUACUCCCACUACUGGACGACGGCGCUCACGGGCCGGCCACCGCUUAUCCGGCCUGGAGAAUUUGAGAACAUGACUUUCCGCUCACGCCCUGUGCCUGAGGACCAGGCCGUGGUGCUCGUUCCCCGUCGCAGUCUGAUGGAGCUGCUAGUACUCAACACGCAGCUCAUGAUGAACCUGCACGACAGCCGGAACGCGCGCCUCUCUCUCGAUUGGCUCCUCCGAAUCGAGGACCGGUGGGACACGUGGUGUGCCACUUGGGUUUCCCAAGGCCGCACAACGGGUAACAAGGUUACCGACCCCUUCCUAAGCGUGUUGUGGGACUGGGGCCGGCUGACAGUUCGCGCGGUAACGUUAAACGAUUCACGGUUGAGCAUGAGUUCGCUCGCAGUCCUCACUCGCUCGGCAAUCAAGAUCAUUGCCUGCUACUACGACUUUUACCUGUACCGCGAAUACAACCUGAUGUGGCUUCACUUCCGCCACCUCGUCACGUGUGCGCAUAUUGUCAUUAUCGCCCAUUGGCGUUUCGAGCUCACGAAACCCGAGGCCGAGCAUGCGCUCAGCAAUGCGCUCUGGAUGAUUGGGCUCAUGGAGGCCCGGUGGGGCAGGCAAGCGAGCGAGGCGCGUCGCAAGAUUUUGCAAGUUGCCAACGUCCUCUCUCUCCCCAUCGCACCGCCCGCCACGCCGGCAGUUAGUGAGGGUAGCCACGUGAUCGGAUACGACAUGUUUGACCAGAGUGCACUGGGGGUGCUGUACGAGGCAUUUGACGCCGCGGUCACUGCGCAAGCGCCAAUGUCGGGGGGGUGGACGAUCGACUCGCUCUUCCUUGCCCCCGAAUAUGCCCCGUAG